GCGGCUCGGCCCGUUCCGGUCCGCUCGGCCCGGCUCCGCUCCGUCUGUCCCGGCUCGGCCCGGCCCGGCCAUGGGCUGGCCCGUGCUGCUGAGCGCGGCCGCGCUCCUGGCCGCCGCCGCCGCCUGGGAGCCCUCGGCCGAAGAGGAGCGGCUGUUCAAGGCCUGGAUGCUGCAGAACGAGCGGCGGUACGGCCCCGAGGAGUACCCGCGCAGGCUGCGCACCUUCCUGCGCAACAAGCGGCGCAUCGAGGAGCACAACGCCGGCAACCGCAGCUUCCAGAUGGGCCUGAACCAGUUCUCGGACCUGACCUUCGCGGAGUUUAAAAAGCUGUACCUGUGGAGCGAGCCGCAGAACUGCUCAGCCACCAAGGGGAACUUCCUGCGCAGCUCUGGGCCCUAUCCCGACUCCAUCGACUGGAGGAAGAAGGGGAAUUUUGUGACACCCGUGAAGAACCAGGGUCCCUGCGGGAGCUGCUGGACCUUUUCCACCACGGGCUGCCUGGAGUCUGCCAUUGCCAUUGCCACGGGAAAGCUGCUCUCUCUGGCAGAGCAGCAGUUGGUUGAUUGCGCCCAGGCCUUCAACAACCAUGGCUGCAGUGGGGGCCUGCCGAGCCAAGCCUUCGAGUACAUCCUGUACAACAAAGGGCUCAUGGGGGAGGACAGCUACCCGUAUCGGGCCAAGAACGGCACCUGCAGGUUCCAGCCGGAGAAGGCCAUUGCCUUUGUCAAGGAUGUGAUCAAUAUCACGCAGUAUGACGAGGAUGGCAUGGUGGAAGCUGUGGGGAGGCACAACCCAGUGAGCUUUGCCUUUGAGGUGACCAGUGACUUCAUGCACUACAGGAAAGGAGUGUAUUCCAACCCCCGCUGCGAGCACACCCCUGACAAGGUGAACCACGCCGUGCUGGCCGUGGGCUACGGACAGGAGGAUGGCACUCCCUACUGGAUCGUCAAGAACUCCUGGGGCCGCCUGUGGGGCAUGCAGGGGUAUUUCCUUAUUGAACGAGGCAAGAACAUGUGUGGGCUGGCCGCCUGUGCCUCCUACCCCGUUCCCCAGGUGUAGCACAGUGCAGGGGGCCGGGGAUGGAGCCACUGAGGGGCUGAGUGCCGGCAGGAGGGGAGCAGAGCAAGGGGCCACGGCCCCUGCCGGGGCUGUCACCUGCCGGGGCUGUCCCCUGCCAGAGCUGUCACCUGCCGCAGGUGUCACCUGGUGCAGGUGUCACCUGCGGAAGCUGUCCCCUGCCAGAGCUGUCACCUGGUGCAGGUGUCACCUGCGGAAGCUGUCCCCUGCCGCAGGUGUCCCCUGCCGCAGGUGUCCCCUGCGGGCGGCUCGGCUCGCACAGCCCCGCUGCAGCAGCACACCCGGUGCCUGCCCGCUGUGACCGAAGCCUGGGUGCUCCUGUGCCCCUGCCGGUCCCUCCAGGCGUGCCCGGUGUGCCUCCGUGCCCUGUCCCAGCCGGGACACACCUGUGGAGCAGCAGGGACACCCCACGGGAUCCGAUCGAAGCACACGGAGCUCCCCGUGCCCCUCGGGUGGCUUUUGGUUUUGCAAUCACCACGUGUAAAUUUCAGCGAUUUUAUAAUUUUCUCUGAAGGCAAUUUCCCUGUUCUUUAAUGGAAGGAUGAGUGCUGUGAUUUGUACACUUUUACCGAUUUUCAUGAGAUGCCCGCUAUAUUUUGUAUUAAAAACCAGGGUGUUUUAAAUCACAUA